UGUUGUUGGAAAGGAAAUCGCUUUAGAAACUGUUACCAUUGUCCCUUUCGAUUCACAUGCUACGCUGGUCAAUAUUGCGCUAUCCCUCCAACAGAACCACCCACACUCGAACCACGCAAGCCUAUACCUUUAAAUCUAAAAUAAUUUUCAUUUCUUCAGCACAAUGUUGUUCUGAGGGAAAUAUUAAUGCCUGUAUUGUGUGUUUCCGACCAUACAUAUGUUACGCGGGUAAAUGCUAUCCACCAACCCGACCACCAACUAAGCCACCGACCACAACACAACCAACUACAACAACGCCACCAACAACAUACAAACCCUGUGGUGAGAAAGGAGAGUGUCCUGAAAGAUCUAAGUGCCAGUAUGAUGUCUGUAUUCAAGAUUAUUGAAAUA